AUGCUAUAUGCUGAACCUCUAAAGACUAAACGAGGUGAAGAAGUAGCCAAAGCUUUUGAAAAGGUUUUUGAAAGUUUCACUCCAAUACAAUUGAUCACUGAUAAAGGUGUAGAGUUUUACAAUGUCCACUGCCAAAAGUUGUUCAAAUCUUUGAAAAUUGCUCAUGGAUCUACCAACACUGUGCAAAAGGCUGCUAUGGUUGAGCGAGCCAAUAGAACUAUCAAGACUCGUCUUUCCAAAUACAUGUACUACAAGAAUGAAGAUCGGUGGAUUGAUGUACUUGCGGAUAUUGUAGACGGCAUUAAUAAUCGUUCCAUUAUAAUAUUCCCCCUUCCUCUUAGGAUGGGGGUGUUACACCUCACCGUCGGUGACACCCCUAUGAAGGGUUGUCAACCGACUAUGUGUAGCGGUAGGUGA